AUGACAGUUACGGAAAGUGAUCUGGCUGAGAGUCGGAACGCCCUUAGCCGUACAGGCCGUGAAAUUCAGCAGGCAGCUAAGUACUGCAGUGGAAAUUAUAUCACGGCCGCCUCAAAUGGUCAGCGACGGGCAAUUGACGAAACCAUGAACUACGCCACUCAAUCCCUCGGAACCAUGAUUCAUCAUAUCAAUCACCUCGCCAGCGCCUUCCUUGCCCUCCUUGAUGAACGUACUGAAAAAAUGUUGGAGAUUGAAGAAAAGGUCACUCAACUGGCCAUGGAGGUCAAAAUUCGUCGUGAAAAAGUUGCUCGUAAGGCAAUCGGCUCUUGCACCGCCUCAAAAGUUCCUGUUAAAUGCACUCUGACAAAGGUCCGACAGGACCCACCCAUGGAGUAUGUUCGCCGUCCCAUUGACUAUUCAAUUCUUGACCAUAUCGGACAUGGAACGAGAUCUCAGGAACCAGUCACAAGUCCCUACGGAGCACCGGUUGUUCACGCACAAACUCUGACACGCAGAGGAAGCACUGCAACGCACCAAAUGGGUCACCAUGGUAACACAAUAAAUCCAAAAGCCAUGAGUAUAAAAGUGGGCGGAGAGUACGCCGCUACGUCUGUUACUGCGUCAGAUUAUCAGAGUGGAACUGUCGGCCGCACCGCAGGAAUAUAUAGGACAGGGGUGAUGGGACAGUACGGGAAUCCCUAUGGAGGUCAGCAGCAGGUUCUCGUACCGAUGGGUAGGAACCAUCCAUCCACCACCGCAGGUGGUGGUAGUAGUGGAUACACCUCGAACUCCACAGGAUCUCUGGGUGGACCGUCUCGUCGUUCGAGCAGCUCUUCAGGGAACCAGCCGCGCACAACCGGUGGCUACGCGCCCGCAGGGAUGCAUAUGGCUCAACCCCAACACCAAGGCGUUCCUCUGUCAACGGGAUAUGCGACUAAGCAGCAGGUGUUCACUGACCAGGGUUCGCCGUCUCAUGAGCAGAUGGUGCCACCGCAUCAGGCGAUGUUUGCUCGCCAGCACUCCGAGCCUGGCAACGUGCCAGCGAGCUCCGUACAACACCACCUUCCAGCCCAGUACCAACAAUCCCCCCAGGCGCCUCUGAAUCGACCUACGGAUGUGAAGAAUGUUGGGCCGAACGACCUUCCACCGCCACCGACCGAGAUUCCAGCGAGCUCAAGACCGCAGAUGUCACUUCAAUUAGACGGCGCUGGCUGCGCGAAGUCGCGCUCUCAGGGUCACACACAGCAGCAGCAACAGCAGUACAGUCAGCCGUCCACUGGUGGUGGCAUCGGUGGAGUGGAUCUGAGCCGUCUGCAACCCGGUCCAAUGGACCAGUUGAGACCGCGUCAACACAAUGAUCCGCCAUGGGCCCCUCAUCAUUACAUCCAGAAAGUAAUCACCGUAUACGAAUACACAGCAGACAAAAGCGACGAGCUAACCUUUGGUGAAAAUGAACUGAUUUAUGUGAUCAAGAAGAAUGACGAUGGGUGGUGGGAGGGGAUUAUGAUGAACGGUCGAACUGGUCUCUUCCCUGGAAACUAUGUCGAAGUUAUCAAUUAA